AUGCAGCAUCCCGAGAAAUGGACGCGGCACGUCUUUUACCAGGCGCCAACGGGGGACAUGUUUUUGCGCAGCCGGCCCGACGGCGUCUGGCAGGACCCGGAGCGUGUUCCCACGCCAGUCGCCCCUAGGCAGAACUCCCUGCUCGCGGCGUUUUAUUACGACAACAGCAAUAACAGGACGAAUAGCGACAUACUCUCCCUUUUGUACCUCGACCAGGAAGGCCGAGUCGUUCACGACUUCGCGGCGUAUAAUUACGACGACCACAAGGCGGGGGAGUGGCUGAACUACAAGAUAGCGAGUCCCACAUCGUCGAGCACACUUUGA